AUGGAUGGGCGUCGUGGUGCCUUCAUCUUCAUCCUCCUCUUCUUCCUCUUCACGGCUCCAAACCCUCACCCGCCAUCUUCGGUCUCCGUACGCGAUUAUAAACGUCGAUUAGCAGACGAUGAGAGUGCUCUCACUUCAUUGAAUUCGUCGAGUUAUGGAGAUUUGGAUCCCCAAGCUGGUCGAUGGCUUUCCCUUGCCGGCAUCAGGACCACAGAUGGGUAUGCGUGGAACCUGCUUCCAUCUGUCCAAGAAAAGGCUAGAAAGCAGUUACAGCUAGCUCUCAGUGCUUCUGGAACGUCAGAUUCGGUAUCUUCGAAGACGAAUAUCACCGAUCUCUCCCUUCCAGUUUACCGCAAUGUCUCGGGCAAUGUUCGUGGUGAAUGGGUUCGCUCUGUGGAAACGGACAGGCUGAGCCGACCGGAACUCAACCUCACUACAAUAAUAGCCGAGCAUGAGUAUUUCACUCGAGAAUUUGGCCACAAUGUUACCGCUCCCAAUGGCCGUGUUGUGCUGAAUCUUCACGAGGGCCAAGGACACAGCCUAGUUGGUGAGGAUGGCAAAGGUGUUGAGGAGAUCAAAGCGGAGAUGCUUUUACGGACUGAUAAAUCUCUUGGAGAGAGCUGGGUAGUACCCCUAUACGGUGUACACUUUCCAACAUCCGGGGGAAUUAUUCUUACUACUACAAGCGAGAAGUACGCUGGUCUUGCAUUGAUACCCCAUUUAACUUUGUCGAAUGACACGUUUGAACUCUCUCGUGAAUUGCUUAACAACUCGCUCACUGAAGCUCUUUCGGAGAGGUCCAGUCAUCUGAGUACCUUUCUGCCUUGGUCGUCUCUCUCCCAAGGAACUAAUUCGGCAUCUCUACCAGCCCCCAACUGCGAAUAUGUUGUAUACCUGCAGCAACAUGUCCUACUAUCCCGAGGGAAGCCCAUCCCAGACCCCAUUAUAGAAAAUAUUGAGCAGGAACUCAGAUUUCCCACAGGAGCACCUAUCCCAAAGCCGUCACCACUGGUAUUAUCUGGUAUUAUAUUUUCUCCAGAUUGUGGAUUUGUCCUCGAAAGUAAAGCGUCGCCAGAAUACCCCCCUACAGACGAGUUAUACUUAGUCGGGUUGAAACAAGAAGAAUAUAGUAAAUAUACUGGACGCUUUAUCACAUUAGUUGCUGGAAUACUUGCCUCGCAGAUACUGUUGUUGAUGAAGCAGAUGAAGGAAUCCUCGACACCUUCAACUCGAAGCCGAGUUAGCUUCUAUACCAUUGCUAUGAUGUCAAUGGGAGACGCGUUGUUUAUGUCUUUUAUGCUUAUAGAGCUAUACUCGGAGACCUCAUUUUUGCUACUUACAGCUACCUCCUUCCUAGCAUUCUUCGGCGUUAGCUUUCUGGGAAUGAAAUUUCAGAUUGAAAUCUGGCUGGUGCAAGCUCCGGAGCGAAGAGAGCAGCAGCAGCAACGACACCAAACUGUCCUCCACCCAACCCCAUCAACCCUUCCACUACCGGUGACAGCACAACGGCCCACGGAUACAGGUGCAACCCCAGUCAUCCUCCCUCCAGAUCAAGAUGAAAACCCCGGGACUGCUGCCAACCCAACAACCCCUGACCAGAACGAUGACACAGCUAAUGCCGGAGCAAUGUAUUCACGGUUCUAUUUCCUCCUUUUCAGCCUGUUAUUUUUCUCGUCCUGGGUUCUCUUCUGGCCCAGUCGCCUCCGAACUAUUUACGGCAAUGUUUUGUCGUUUAUAUACCUCUCGUUCUGGACGCCGCAGAUUUACCGGAACAUAAUGCGCAAUUGCCGCAAGGCUCUCAGAUGGGAAUUUGUCGUCGGACAAAGCCUCCUUCGCCUGUUCCCUUUCUUGUAUCUCUACUUUAUACCCCAGAACGCCUUAUUUAUCCGGGCGGAUGGUAUCACAACUCUUUUACUCACAUUUUGGGUAUGGGUUCAGAUUUGGAGCCUUGUCAGCCAGGAUAUCCUUGGGCCACGUUUCUUCGUUCCCAAAAGUUGGGUACCACCUGCGUACGAUUACCAUCCAAUCCUGCGAGACACGUCUGCCUCUGGUUCUGCUGAGGACUUGGAGGUUGGAGAUGCCUUACCGAUAUCUUCACUUCGUGCUGAGCAGAGUGAGCCGACGUCAGGCUUGCGAGAUGGAGGCAAGGAGAUAGACUCUCGCCAAUACAGGAGGGAUUUCAGCUGUGCGAUAUGCAUGCAGGAUAUUAAUGUCACAGUUGUUACUGGGAACGAUCCUAGCGCGGGAACCAGUGUAACGACAGGUGCCACGCACCUAUUUAGUCGACGUGCCUACAUGGUAACUCCUUGCCGCCAUAUUUUCCACUCUCAAUGUCUGGAAACGUGGAUGCGGCUGAGGUUGCAAUGCCCCAUCUGUCGAGAGUCAAUACCCCCAAUCUGA